GCCCCCAGACUUUCGGACAGUGUUUAGUGAAAGUGCAAAAUGAUGACAAUCAGCGAGAACCAGUAUUCCUCCAAUAAAAUGUCGAGUUUCUACUCCGUGAACGACCGGGUCCUCCACCGUGACAGCUAUAACGACGUGAAUAGCAGUUCCAGCGUCAACAGCGCGCUGGUCACCAAAAGGGGCUUCAAGCCGUCUGACAUGUACGAUCCUCAGAAACGAGAGUUCCUGACGAAUCUCAGUUAUAAGUUAUUCCCUGUAAGUUGGAAUGAUGGAGAGCUUGCCCGGAGCAACACAGUCCCCAUUUUACCCUCCCUGGACCAUGACCUAGAACACCUGGAGAAAGCCCCAAUGCUGAGCAAAGAGGUGGACCUGAACAAGAUCUUCACGCCGGCGCCUGAUGCUGAGGAACAUCUCAUCAAGAAGGAUCGGAAGUUUGAGAAAACCUUCGCCUCGUCAGCGUUCUACGUGCCCGGGGUCCACCCCACGGUCAAAGAGCAGAUGGACCUGGCCAGAGCCAUAUCGAAGAGUCUGAGCGACCAGAGCAACCACAUGAGCAGAGGGCAAAGCAUGUAUGUCAACCGGAAAAAGCGGUCGGUCAAAUGGGUGCAUGAGGGCAGAGGUCGCAACACAACGAAUCUAUCCUCCACACCAACGCCGAUCCCAACACACGACACAGCCUACCGCCCGCCGUCCAGUCUCCGUAACCAGAAGACGUACCCCAAAUCUGCGCUGAAGCACCCCCUGCCUAGAAUGGAGCCGUUCCCAGUCUCACCACCAACGAUUAUUGUGCAGCAUCACGAGGUUCCUAUUUCUAUAGCUCCGACAAGGUUGAACGAUGUGUACGCGGCGCCUGUGAGUCCUCGUCUGCCGAUGGUGUCAGGACCGAACUUCAACGUGGCGCCGCGCGGGUGGGGAGAGAUGAAGGAAUACUACAGACCUGUUGCGCUAGAUGUCGCUGGUGCCGCUCCGCGUUAUUCUGAUUUUUAGUUGGUAGCUCU